CUGCCACACUGAUUUUGAGAACGUCGCUGGAAACUUGCAAAUCAUUUCGUUCGUUUUUCGCCUGACAAUUUAAACAUAAUUAUGAGCAGCCUAGGAUUUGAACAGUUCCCGGACUACCAGGUGCCCGGCGUUAAGCACCCGGACUUCUCGCCCUACGAGUCCAACGGCGGCUCCAUUGUGGCCAUCGCCGGGGACGACUUCGUGGUGAUUGCGGCGGACACUCGUCUGAGCAGCGGCUACAACAUCCAUUCGCGCAACCAGAGCAAGCUGUUCAAGCUAUCGCCCAAGACGGUGCUCGGCUCCACCGGCUGCUGGGCGGACACCCUCUCGCUGACCGGUCUGAUGAAGGUGCGCAUGCAGAGCUACGAGCACACUCAUCUGCGCACAAUGACCACCGAUGCCGUGGCCCAGAUGCUCUCGAUCACCAUGUACAACCGCCGUUUCUUCCCCUACUAUGUGUCCAACAUUCUGGCCGGGAUCGACAAGGACGGCAAAGGCGUUGUCUACUCAUACGAUCCCAUUGGCCACUGUGAACGGGCCACCUACCGGGCUGGCGGCUCUGCCGGCACCCUGCUGCAGCCGGUUCUCGAUAACCAGAUCGGUCACAAGAACAUUAACCUGCCCGCCGGCGAGCUUCCUCCGCUCACCAAGGAGCGGGCUGUGGCCGUCGCCUCUGACACCUUCAUUUCCGCCGCCGAGCGCGACAUCUACACUGGAGACUCUGUGCUGAUCAAUGUCAUCACCAAGGAUGGCAUCGAGGAAAAGGUGCUGCAGCUGCGCCAGGAUUAAGCUGGGCAUUGGGGUGAAGGCAGUGCUAAGUUAGAGGACAUAAAAUUUUUGUAAUUACCAGAAAUAACAACACAAAUUCUAAUAAACUGAAUCUUUGAGAUUUCAACAAAAAAGGAA